AUGCAUUCUAGAAUCGGGAAUCUGAACAAGCAGUCACCCCUCCAGGACAGUCACCCCUCCAGGACAGUCACCCCCUCCAGGACAGUCACUCCUCCAGGACAGUCACCCCUCCAGGACAGUCACCCCUCCAGGACAGUCACCCCUCCAGGACAGUCACUCCUCCAGGACAAUCACUCCUCCAAGACAGUCACCCGUCCAGGACAGUCACUCCUCCAGGACAGUCACUCCUCCAGGACAGUCACCCCUCCAGGACAGUCACCCCUCCAGGACAGUCACCCCUCCAGGACAGUCACUCCUCCAGGACAGUCACUCCUCCAGGACAGUCACCGCUCCAGGACAGUCAACCCUCCAGGACAGUCACCCCUCCAGGACAGUCACUCCUCCAGGACAGUCACUCAUCCAGGACAAUCAACCCUCCAGGACAGUCACCCCUCCAGGACAGUCACUCCUCCAGGACAAUCAACCCUCCAGGACAGUCACCCCUCCAGGACAGUCACUCGUCCAGGACAGUCACUCCUCCAGGACAGUCACUCAUUCAGGACAGUCACCCCUCCAGGACAAUCAAACCUCCAGGACAGUCACCCCCUCCAGGACAGUCACUCCUCCAGGACAGUCACUCCUCCAGGACAGUCACCCUUCCAGGACAGUCACCCCUCCAGGACAGUCACUCGUCCAGGACAGUCACUCAUCCAGGACAGUCACCCCUCCAGGACAGUCACUCAUCCAGGACAGUCACCCCUCCAGGACAGUCACCCCUCCAGGACAGUCACCCCUCCAGGACAGUCACCCCUCCAGGACAGUCACUCGUCCAGGACAGUCACCCCUCCAGGACAGUCACCCCUCCAGGACAAUCACCCCUCCAGGACAGUCACCCCUCAAGGACAAUCACCCCUCCAGGACAGUCACUCCUCCAGGACAGUCACUCCUCCAGGACAGUCACCCCCUUCAGGACAGUCACCCCUCCAGGACAAUCACCCCUCCAGGACAGUCACCCCUCCAGGACAGUCAUCCCUCCAGGACAGUCACCCCUCCAGGACAGUCAUCCCUCCAGGACAGUCACCCCUCCAGGACAGUCACCCCUCCAGGACAGUCACUCCUCCAGGACAGUCGCCCCUCCAGGACAGUCACCCCCUUCAGGACAGUCACCCCUCCAGGACAGUCACCCCUCCAGGACAAUCACCCCUCCAGGACAGUCACUCCUCCAGGACAGUCACCCCUCCAGGACAGUCACCCCUCCAGGACAGUCACCCCUCCAGGACAGUCACCCCUCCAGGACAGUCACCCAUCCAGGACAGUCACCCCUCCAGGACAGUCACCCCUCCAGGACAGUCACCCAUCCAGGACAGUCACUCCUCCAGGACAGUCACCCCUCCAGGACAAUCACCCCUCCAGGACAGUUGCCCCUCCAGGACAGUCACCCCUCCUCCCGGACAGUCACCCCUCCAGAACAAUCACCCCUCCAGGACAGUCACCCCUCCAGAACAAUCACCCCUCCAGGACAGUCACCCCUCCAGGACAAUCACCCCUCCAGGACAGUUGCCCCUCCAGGACAAUCACCCCUCCAGGACAGUCACCCCUCCAGGACAGUCACCCCUCCAGGACAGUCACCCCUCCUCCAGGACAGUCACCCCUCCUCCAGGACAGUCACCCCUCCAGGACAGUCACCCCUCCAGGACAGUCACCCAUCCAGGACAGUCACUCCUCCAGGACAGUCACCCCUCCAGGACAGUCACCCCUCCAGGACAGUCACCCCUCCUCCAGGACAGUCACCCCUCCUCCAGGACAGUCACCCAUCCAGGACAAUCACCCCUCCAGGACAGUCACCCCUCCAGGACAAUCACCCCUCCAGGACAGUCACCCCUCCAGAACAAUCACCCCUCCAGGACAGUCACCCCUCCAGGACAAUCACCCCUCCAGGACAGUUGCCCCUCCAGAACAAUCACUCCUCCAGGACAGUCACCCCUCCAGGACAAUCACCCCUCCAGGACAGUCACCCAUCCAGGACAAUCACCCCUCCAGGACAGUCACUCCUCCAGGACAAUCACCCCUCCAGGACAAUCACCCCUCCAGGACAAUCACUCCUCCAGGACAGUCACCCCUCCAGGACAAUCACCCCUCCAGGACAAUCACCCCUCCAGGACAGUCACCCCUCCAGAACAGUCACCCCUCCAGGACAGUCACUCAUCCAGGACAGUCACUCAUCCAGGACAGUCACUCCUCCAGGACAGUCACUCCUCCAGAACAAUCACUCCUCCAGGACAGUCACCCCUCCAGGAGAAUCACUCCUCCAGGACAAUCACUCCUCCAGGACAGUCACCCCUCCAGGACAAUCACCCCUCCAGGACAAUCACUCCUCCAGGACAGUCACUCAUCCAGGACAGUCACUCCUCCAGGACAGUCACUCCUCCAGGACAGUCACUCCUCCAGAACAAUCACUCCUCCAGGACAGUCACUCCUCCAGGACAGUCACUCCUCCAGAACAAUCACUCCUCCAGGACAGUCACUCCUCCAGAACAAUCACUCCUCCAGGACAGUCACUCCUCCAGGACAGUCACUCCUCCAGAACAAUCACUCCUCCAGGACAGUCACCCCUCCAGAACAAUCACCCCUCCAGGACAGUCACCCCUUCAUCUGCUGUAA